AUGCAACUCCUCGCCCUCAUCAGCACCGCCAUGCUCCUGGCCUCCGCACAAACUGCCCCAGCAGGCUUCGACAAGCGAGCGGACCCCGGUGUCUACAUCUGUGAGCACACCUACUUCCACGGCCACUGCGAACACCAGGUGACGGCACUGGCCCAAUGCAACCGGCUGACCGAUUACUGGAAACUCCGCAUCUCGUCCUUCGGCCCGGACCAAGGCCUUCUCUGCACGGUUUACGACAAUGACGACUGCAUCAACCCAACUCGCGGAUACUCUUUCCAGUACCCGGGUGAUGUUGAUCUGAACACCGUUGGCUGGAACGACCGCAUCCGCAGCUACAUCUGCUUUCAGGCUUAG